UUACAGUCUUCCUCUCUCAUGUGUUUGCACAUGACUGUGAAUGGUUGAUUUUCAAUUGGCAUAUAUGGAUGUUUGGACCUCUGAGUUUUUUUGUGUGACAUUGUGGAAAUCCAGUAGCUGUUUCCUGGCUUGAUGUGGAGGGACUAAGGCUGAUUCUUCUCUGGAUCCUUCAACGACAAAGAGAAAGAAGACUGAACAGGAUCAUUUUUGCAGCCAAUUCAUAUAUUUUUCUUCUUCUGCAUUUUCAGUUGAGAAGUUCGAAUGAACACUAAAUUGAAUGUGGUUUUCUUUUGAAUACCGAUAUCAAACAGCAUACACAGCUAAAUGCUUUUUUCAUUUCUUAAGUUCAUACAGUAACACACAGUUUCGGCAUCUGCAAAGGUUAAGAGUAGAUGUGGUACAAUUUUGUUAAGACAGAGGUAAAAAAGGUGAAGUCAUGGCCCAUGCUGCUGCCCACCUAAAGAAAGCUCGCGAGUUUGAGGCAAAUCCAGAGUACAGUGCUCUACAGAAAGCCAGGGAGAAGCGAAGACGGCAUCGUGAGAGAGCCGAGCGAAAGCGGCAGUCUGACAGUAACACCAGUUUCCUGCGGGCUGCCAGAGCGGGGAACAUUGACAAAGUCCUUGACUUCCUGAAAAACGGAGUAGACAUCAGCACCUGUAACCAGAAUGGUCUGAACGCACUACAUCUGGCAGCAAAGGAGGGACACAAGGAUUUAGUGGAGGAACUGUUGGAGAGAGGAGCACCUGUUGACUCUUCCACCAAGAAAGGAAACACUGCUCUCCAUAUUGCCUCACUGGCUGGACAAAAUGAAGUAGUCAGACUACUGGUGAAGAGAGGAGCAGAUGUCAACUCUCAGUCACAGAAUGGCUUCACUCCACUCUAUAUGGCAGCCCAGGAGAACCAUUUGGAGGUGGUGCGAUACAUGUUGGAAAAUGAUGGGAACCAAAGCAUUGCAACAGAGGAUGGCUUCACGCCACUGGCCAUCGCUCUCCAGCAGGGCCACAACGCAGUGGUCUCCCUGCUAUUGGAACAUGACACAAAGGGUAAGGUCCGCCUUCCAGCCCUGCACAUCGCAGCCCGCAAAGACGACACAAAGUCUGCCGCACUGCUGCUCCAGAAUGACCACAAUGCUGACGUCCAGUCUAAGAUGAUGGUCAAUAGAACUACGGAGAAUGGGAAGAGUGGGUUUACCCCUCUGCACAUCGCGGCUCACUAUGGUAACGUGAAUGUCUCCACCCUGUUGCUGAACAGAGGAGCUGCUGUGGACUUCACAGCCAGGAAUGGGAUAACGCCUCUCCAUGUGGCCUCCAAGAGAGGCAACACCAACAUGGUAGCCCUGCUUUUGGACCGAGGAGCUCAGAUAGAUGCUAAAACCAGGGAUGGGCUGACCCCCCUGCACUGUGCAGCCAGGAGUGGUCAUGACCCAGCACUUGAAAUUCUGCUGGAGAGAGGAGCCCCCAUCUUAGCCAGAACCAAGAACGGACUAUCCCCACUGCACAUGUCAGCCCAGGGAGACCACAUAGAGUGUGUUAAACUCCUGCUGCAGCACAAGGCACCUGUUGAUGAUGUCACACUGGACUACCUCACAGCGCUGCAUGUUGCAGCUCACUGCGGCCACUACAGAGUCACCAAGCUUCUGCUGGACAAGAAGGCCAAUCCCAAUGUCAGAGCAUUGAAUGGUUUCACUCCUCUCCAUAUCGCUUGUAAGAAGAACAGGGUGAAGGUGAUGGAACUAUUGGUCAAAUAUGGAGCCUCCAUCCAGGCCAUUACUGAGUCUGGUCUGACUCCCAUCCAUGUUGCUGCCUUCAUGGGCCACCUCAACAUCGUUUUACUUCUGCUGCAGAAUGGAGCAUCUCCUGACGUCCGUAACAUUCGUGGUGAGACAGCUCUCCACAUGGCAUCGCGAGCUGGUCAGAUGGAAGUGGUUCGCUGUUUGCUGAGGAAUGGAGCAUUGGUUGAUGCUAUAGCCAGGGAGGACCAGACUCCCCUCCACAUUUCGUCCCGUUUGGGGAAAACUGAUAUUGUCCAGUUGCUGCUGCAACACAUGGCUCAUCCAGAUGCUGCCACCACCAACGGCUACACUCCCCUCCACAUUUCGGCCAGGGAGGGCCAGGUAGAGACGGCUGCCGUGCUGCUGGAGGCCGGAGCCUCGCACUCACAGGCCACGAAGAAAGGAUUUACUCCAUUACAUGUAGCAGCUAAGUAUGGAAGCCUCGAUGUAGCAAAACUUCUCCUUCAACGCAAAGCUCUACCUGAUGAUGCUGGCAAGAAUGGCCUGACUCCGCUGCAUGUGGCAGCUCAUUAUGACAACCAAGAAGUAGCUCUGCUGCUGCUGGAUAAAGGCGCAUCGCCUUAUGCUACUGCAAAGAAUGGCUACACUCCUCUUCACAUUGCAGCCAAAAAGAACCAGAAGAACAUCGCAUUAGCGCUGCUGCAGUAUGGAGCAGAGACCAAUGUUCUGACCAAGCAGGGAGUCAGCCCUCUACACUUGGCAGUCCAGGAAGGGCACGCUGAGAUGGCCAGCCUACUGCUGGGCAAAGGAGCCCACAUCAACACAGCCACCAAGACCGGACUGACGCCUCUGCAUCUCGCAGCCCAAGAAGACAGAGUCAAUGCAGCAGAAGUAGUGGCCAAGCAUGAUGCCAACUUGGAUCAGCAAACUAAGCUCGGAUACACCCCUCUCAUAGUGGCAUGUCACUAUGGCAAUGCCAAGAUGGUGAAUUUCCUAGUACAGCAAGGUGCCAGCGUCAAUGCCAAAACCAAGAAUGGAUACACACCCCUUCACCAAGCAGCACAACAAGGGAAUACACAUAUUAUCAAUAUGUUGUUACAACAUGGUGCCAAUCCCAAUGCUAUAACAGUGAAUGGAAACACUGCUCUGUCUAUUGCCAGACGUCUGGGUUACAUCUCUGUAGUGGACACUCUGAAAGUUGUUACUGAGGAGGUCAUCACUACCACAACGACGGUCACAGAGAAACACAAGCUCAAUGUUCCUGAGACAAUGACGGAGAUCCUUGAUGUGUCUGAUGAAGAAGGUGAGGAUACUAUGACAGGUGAUGGAGGAGAGUAUCUGAGGGCGGAGGAUCUCAGAGAGCUGGGAGAUGACUCUCUGCCUGGACACUACCUGGACGGCUUCAGCUACAUGAGCCACAACCUGGACAGGCCGCAACACACUCCCAUUCACCAAAGUUUCCAUCAGAGAGAGGCAGUUCUCAUUGAAGACAUGCUUACAAGCCACCAGGUGUCAGCACUGUCUAGAGAGCACGAUAAGGACUCAUUCCGUCUGAGCUGGGGGGCUGAGCACCUUGAUAAUGUGGUGCUAUCCUCCAGUCUGCUACAUUCUGGCCGUUCGUCUCCGUGCCUAGACCAUGACAACAGCAGCUUCCUGGUCAGCUUCAUGGUAGAUGCCAGGGGCGGAGCCAUGCGUGGUUGCCGUCACAACGGCCUGCGAAUCAUUGUGCCACCAAGAAAGUGUUCUGCUCCCACGCGGGUGACAUGCAGGCUGGUGAAGAGACACCGUCUGGCCUCUAUGCCCCCCAUGGUGGAGGGUGAGGGGCUGGCUGGUCGCAUCAUUGAAGUGGGACCCACUGGAGCCCAGUUCCUGGGUAAGCUCCACCUUCCCACAGCUCCACCCCCUCUAAAUGAGGGUGAGAGCCUGGUCAGUCGCAUCCUGCAGCUGGGUCCUCCAGGAACCAAGUUCCUCGGGCCUGUUAUUGUGGAGAUCCCCCAUUUUGCAGCCCUACGGGGAACAGAGCGAGAACUAGUGAUCUUGAGAAGUGAGACAGGAGAGAGCUGGAGGGAACACCACUGUGACUUCACUGAAGAGGAACUGAACCAGAUACUUAACGGCAUGGAUGAAAAACUUGAUUCCCCAGAGGAGCUUGAAAAGAAAAGAAUAUGCCGCAUCAUCACCCGAGACUUCCCACAGUAUUUUGCGGUGGUGUCACGCAUAAAGCAGGACAGUCAUUUGAUUGGUCCAGAGGGCGGGGUCCUCAGUAGCACUCUUGUGCCCCAGGUCCAGGCUGUCUUCCCCGAAGGAGCCCUCACCAAGAAGAUUAGAGUUGGGCUACAGGCUCAGCCUAUUGAUGUUGAGGUGGUAAGAAAGGUUCUUGGUAACAAAGCCACAUUCAGCUCAAUUGUCACAUUGGAGCCAAGAAGAAGGAAGUUCCACAAACCAAUCACCAUGACAAUCCCUAUUCCCAAGAGUUCCAAUAAUGACGGGUCAAGCGGAGUGUACAGUGGGGAAACUCCCACAUUACGUUUGCUUUGCAGCAUUACAGGUGGAACUACUCCUGCCCAAUGGGAGGACAUUACUGGCUCCACGCCUCUCACUUUUGUUAACCAAUGUGUGUCCUUCACUACAAACGUGUCAGCGAGGUUCUGGCUGAUAGACUGCCGACAGAUCCAGGAGUCUGUUAGUUUUGGCUCUCAGCUGUACAGAGAGAUAAUCUGUGUACCAUACAUGGCCAAGUUUGUAAUUUUUGCUAAGACACUUGACCCCAUUGAGGCCCGUCUGCGCUGUUUCUGCAUGACUGACGACAAGAUGGACAAGACCCUAGAGCAACAAGAGAACUUCACUGAAGUUGCCCGUAGCCGAGAUGUUGAGGUGCUGGAGGGAAAACCCAUAUUUGCUGACUGCUUUGGAAACCUGGUGCCUCUUACCAAGAGUGGACAGCACCAUGUGUUCAGCUUUUUUGCCUUCAAAGAGAACAGACUGGCCCUCUUUAUCAAAAUCAGAGACACAGCACAGGAGCCAUGUGGUCGCUUGUCCUUCACCAAAGAACCACGCACGUAUCGUGCUCUUAAUCACAAUGCUAUCUGCAACCUUAACAUUACUCUCCCAACAUACUCAAAGGAGUCUGAUUCAGAACAAGAUGCAGACGAUGAGAGUGAGAGGAGUGACAAGAAAUAUGAUGACUCUGAAUCAACUGAGACAUUCUCCCUGAGAACUAACCAACCUCUUGACCCAGCAACACUUGCAAGCCCGGACCUUCUCUCAGACAUGUCGGAUGUCAAAAUGUCUGCUAUUUUGAAUGCAGAACAAAUGGAGCACUUAAAAUAUGCAGAGAGAGCUGGAGCAAGAGGGUUGGAGGAAAAAGAGCCUUUGGCCAAAGACAGGCUGGUAAAGGUUGGAGGGAUUCAAAGAUGUGGCAUAAAUGAUUUUAGACAAGAAGUGCAACAAGAUGAUGCUAAAAACAACAUAUGGGGUUCACUCUACGAGUCUAAGACUGCUGAAAUGAAGAAUCCUCCUGUCGAAGAGCCAGUCUUACAGGAGAUAUGCAUUCAGGGGAAGACUUCAAGUAGGUCCGCCAUAGGAGACAUGACAGGUCUAAUCUCACAGCUUAGCAUCGACAUGGACCAAUACCUGGAACAAAGACCUGUAGUGACAAGUGGUUCUCUAGAAGACCUUGUCCAAGAUAGAUUUGAACAGGUUAUUGUAAAGCGUGAUGGCAAACGGCGCCCCCCAGAUAUCAAGAAACCUAUUAGGAAGAAACUUAGAGACAGAGAACGUUCUGGGUGUAGCAGCUCUGAGGGUGAGCUGGAAAGGAUGAGCUCUGAGGAGUCGUUAGAUGGCAAUGUUGUUCUUAAGGAAAGUGCCCUUGUACCCUCCACAGAUAAGGAUCCUCCAGCUUCUCCAUCAGUGGUUGAAACACCAAUAGGAUCUAUAAAGGACAGAGUUAAAGCUUUACAGAACAAAUUUGAAGAGGAGGAAGUGCAAAAAAAUACCCAGGAACUAAUUCCUCAGGCAAAAUCUUCUAUCGUCACAAGGAAAAAUGAGGCAGACAUGCCAGAACUUCCCAGAGUUCCAAAGUCCCCAAAAUCACCCAGAUCUCAGACAGAGAGAUUAGAGGAGACUAUGUCCGUUAAGGAACUGAUGAAUGCAUUUCAGACAGGACAGGACCCUUCGAAAAAUAAAGCUGGACUUUUUGAGCACAAAGCAGUGGCUUCUUCUUGUAUCUCAACAUUGAUAUUUGAAUCAGAGGAUUCUAAUCAGAUACAGAGGACAGAACAAAGUCCUAAGGAGGAGCCGAAAUCAAAAACCCAAACUCAGAGGCUCACAACUUUCUAUCAAGAGAGUGAUGUCAGACAAUGUGACAAAAAAAUCAUAAAUGAUCCACUUGAAAGCUUUAGUAAAGAUAACUCUGAGGAAUCACAAUUAAUUUCACAUAGUACUUCUUUUGGAAAGACAGUCAAAUUUGCUGAUACAAUUCGAUGUGACGAUGGAAGUGUUAGCCCACAUCGAGAAGCAUCAGAGUUGUCACAGAAGGAGACUAUGUCUGUGAAGGAGUUGAUGAAAACAUUCCAGACUGGCCCCUCAAAGACCAAAGCAGGGCCUUUUGAACACAAAGUUGUGCCUUCUUGCAUUUCAACAUUUAUAUCUGAAUCAGGAGAUUCUGAAGAGAUACAGAUGACUGAACAAGAUGCUACAAAGGAGCUAAAAUCACAAACCCAAACUCAAAAUCUCAGAAUUUUUCAGCAACAGAGUGAUGUCAAGAAAAAUCACACAACAGACUUUGAGGAUCAACCAGUAAGCUUAAUUAGAGAUAACUCUGAGGAAUCGCAGUUUGUUUCAGAUAGUACUUCUUUUGGAAAGACAGUGAAAUUUGCUGAUGCAGUUCAGUGUAACAAUGGAAGCAUUAGCCCAAAGAGAGAAGCACCAGAGUUGCCAGAGAAGGAGACAAAGUCUGUUAAGGAGCUGAUGAAAGCAUUCCAGUUUGGGCAUGAUCCCUCAAAAACUAAAGUUGGGCUUUAUGAACAGAAAGCUGUGGCUUCUUGCAUUUCAACACUGACAUCAGAAACAGGAGAUUCUGAAAAACUAAUUACUGAACAAAGUCCUAUUCAAGACUCAGAAUCACAAACCCAAACUCAGAGCCUCAAAACUUUCCAUCAAAAGAGUGUUGUUAAGAAAUAUGACCAAACAGACUUAGAUGCUCAACCUGUAAGCUCAAACAGAGAUUACUCUGAGGAAUCAAAGUACAUUUUAGAUAGUGCUUAUUUUGGAAAGACAGUCAAAUUUGCUGAUACAAUUCAAUGUGAUGAUGGAAGCGUUAUCCCUCAGAGAAGGACAUCAGAGUUGUUAGAGACAGAGACUAUGUCUGUUAAGGAGCUGAGCAAAGCAUUUCAGACUGGGCAGGACCCUUUGAAAAGUAAAGAUGACCUGGGUGAACACAAAGCUAUUGCUUCAUCUUCUAUUCCAUCUCUGAUAUCUAAAUCAGUAGGUCCUGAAGAGAUUCAGAUGACUGAAGACAGUCCCACACAGGAGCAAAAAAUUCAUUCCCAAAAACAGAAUAUCACAAUUGUUCAUCCCCACAGUGAUGUGGAUGUAUGUGAAACAUGGGAUUUAGAGGCACAAACAGUAACCUUAAGCAGAGAUAACUCUGAGGAAUUACAGCUAAUUUCAGAUAUCGCUUAUUUUGGAGAGACAGUAGAAAUUGAUGAUCAGUUUGAUGAUGGAAGGGUUAGCCCUGAAAGAGAAGCGCCAGAGUUGUCAGGGAAGAGCCAGGGCAGGAUGCAGUUAGGAGAACCAGUCAUAAGUACUGGUGGGAGUGUAUCUGAAGACACACAGAUCAGUCCUGAUCGCAGACAUUCUGAGGACUUCAGUGCUGAUAUAAAGGCUGAGCUUGAGGAAAGUCCAGAGUACCAGCUUUUCAAGCAGACAUCAACAGCUGAAGAUGUAAGCGAUCAGCUGGAGGCAACUGAGGAGGUAACCUUGGUUGAUUCUGAUACAAAUCCAGCAUCCAUCUCAAGUCCUUGUGUGAAAAGUUAUUUUGGGGAAGGUGUUUCUCUUAUUGAGAAUCAAAUGAAAGAUGAUGAUCUAAGUCCUGAGAGUCCCCAGCGUGAAGGUAUGGCUGAAUCUCCGAACACUAGUGUUGAUAUUAGGACCCCUUGUUCCAGCUCAGGGGAGAGCGAGGAUCAUGAAGGACUCGCAGUGACAAAUGAGGUGACCAAUGAAAUGCUUACUUACUCCACUAAGAGCGAAGAAACAUACAUCAUACCUUCACAGGAGAAGAGGUUUGAUGGAGCAAGCAACGAUAUCACAACAUUUGAUUGUGAAAGCAAAAUAUUCUUUACACAAACUGACACGGAAGUAACAGAGGUCAAAAUCAAUGAGCCACAACUUCAAGAAGUCCACACUGAAAGGAACACAUCUAGCCAGGCAUCCACUGCAGUAAAUGAUAUGUCAGGAAUGUUGUCCUUAAUGAACAGUGACUUAGAUCAGAGUCUAAAAGCCAGGCCUGUGGCACGUCAGCCACCAGGAGAGGAUUUUUUUCAAGAGACAUUUGAACAAACUAUUUUAACAAAGGACAAAGAUAAAGAAAUUCUUUCAUUUGUCACUGAUGAAAAUAAAGGACCAACAGUGGAUUGCACAAAACAAGAAAUAUAUCAAAUACCAAUGGGAGAACAUCCAAUUACAUGGACAUGUGAAGAAGUAAAGAGUGAAUUUAAAGAAGUAAAAGAGACAUCAGCUAUGUUGUCAGUUAUGAACAAUGACAUGAAUCAGUAUCUAGAGGCAAUGUCUGUGGCUAGUCGACCAAUAGAAGAGGAUGACGUGCAGGAGAAAUUUGAAAUGUUCACUUAUGACAAUAAAGGAGUGACAAUGGAUGGCACAGCGCAAGAAACAGAUCACAAGGAGGUCACAAGGAGAGGUGAAGAAAUGGCAAGGGAAUUUAAAGAAACCCAAGCAACAUCGACUGAAGAACUCCUAAUGAAGGAAGAGUGGGUAGAGAGAAAGGCUUUAUAUCAGCCAUCUACAAAAGUAAAGGAGAUGUCAGGGAUAGUUUCACUGCUUAACAGUGACUUAAACAAGUACCUUGAGGACAGGCCAGUAAAAUGUAGGCCUCCAGAAGAGGACGUUAUCCAGGAGAAAUUUGAAAGAGUUACUCUCACCAAAAUCCGAAAAUCCUGGAGUGUGGAGCAACCAAUUACAAUAUAUGAUAAAAUGCAAAUAGCUUGUACUGGUGUGGAGAAUAAUAUAAGUGGAGAGAAACAUGAACAGACUGAUGUGGUUGAUCUCAAAGAACUUGAACCAAGUAAUGUAUUGGAUACAUCAUUCCAAGAAGUUUUCAUCGAGAGAAAGACGUGCCAAGAAACGUCUACAACUGAGAGGGAUAUGUCAGGGAUGUUGUCACUUCUCAGUAGUGACUUGGACCAAUAUCUCAAGAAAAAGCCAGUGGCAUUACAAUGUCACCCAGAAGAAGAGGAUAUAGUCCAUGAGAGCUACAAACAAGUUAUUUUGACAAGUAGUAAUUCAGUUGAUAAGAUAGAUCUAGAGGCAAUUGAACACAUCCAGACCAACGUAGUUAGAAACACAGAAUUGUCACCAAGUUCUGUAUUUGAGACACCAUUCCAAGAAGUUUGCAUUGAGAGAAAGACACAACAACAUCAACAGUCUGCAACUGAUAGGGAUAUGUCAGGCAUGUUGUCACUUCUCAGUAGUGACUUGGACCAAUAUCUCGAGGAAAAGCCAGUGGCAAUACAAUGUCACCCAGAAGAAGAGGAUAUAGUCCAUGAGAGCUACAAACAAGUUAUUUUUACAAGUAGUAAUUCAGUUGAUAAGAUAGAUCUAGAGGCAAAUGAACACAUCCAGACCAACAUAGUUAGAAACACAGAAUUGUCACCAAGUUCUGUAUUUGAGACGCCAUUCCAAGAAGUUUGCAUUGAGAGAAAGACACAACAACAUCAACAGUCUUCAACUGAGAGGGAUAUGUCAGGCAUGUUGUCACUUCUCAGUAGGGACUUGGACCAAUAUCUUGAGGAAAAGCCAGUGGCAAUACAAGGUCACCCAGAAGAAGAUCUUGUCCAUGAGAACUACAAACAAGUUAUUCAGACAAGUAGUAAUUUGGAGGAUAAGAUAGGUGUAGAGGCAAAUGACCACAUACAGAUUGAUUUAAUUGGAGUCACUGAAUUGUCACCAAGUUCUGUAUUGGAGACACCGUUUCAAGAAGUUUGCAUUUUGAGAAAGACACAACAACAUCAACAGUCUGCAACUGAUAGGGAUAUGUUCAGGAUGUUGUACUUCUCAGUAGUGACUUGGACCAAUAUCUGAGGAAAAGCCAGUGGCAAUACAAUGUCACCAGAA